CUUGGCACCAUCACCUCACUUGAACUAUGAUGAGAACUCUCCUGGCCAAAGUAUCUCCCCAAGAGAAAGAGCUUCUGCAAAGCAGAAAAACAAUCCAAGAAGCGAGGUCUGGGGAGCUCCAGAGAAAGUGAGGCAAAGGGCAAGGGAACUUGUGGUCACCCCAUGUCUUCGCAGAUCAAAGCAGGAGCAAGAAGUCCAAGUCCACUGAACCUGCCAUGCCAGCUCCUCUGCUUCCGCUACUGCUGCGAACACUGUUGUCCCGCCUACUGCUGCCUGCUGCCCGUCUGGCCCGCCAGUACCUCCUGCCCCUGCUGCGCCGACUGGCUCAACGCCUGGGCUCCCAGGGCACACGCGAGGCUUUGCUGGGCUGCCUGUUGUUUGUCCUCAGCCAGCGACAGCCGCCAGAAGCCACCGGGGAGGCCUCCCAAGUGGCUGACCGACCAGAGAGGAGGAAGGAAUUAGGCCGCCAAAAGUGAGGGGCUGCGAGUCUGGUUGCAGCAGGUGUAUUCCUCAAAAAGUUUUCUUUCAGAUUAAGAGUCCUGGCACCAGCACUGAUUGUAGCCUGUCUAGUGG